AUGAAAACUAGCAGCAUCAUUUCCCUCAAGCUUUUGAUACUAUCAGCUCUUGUUAACAUCUGUAUUUCACAGGAUUUUGACUUUUUCUUCUUCGUACAACAAUGGCCAGGUUCAUUCUGUGACACCAAAAAAGGUUGCUGCUUUCCUCUGGCAGGAAAACCAGCAUCUAACUUCAGCAUUCAUGGACUUUGGCCUAAUUUCAACAAUGGAUCAUUUCCAUUUGAUUGUGAUAUUGCCCAAAACCCUUUUAACCAAUCUAAGAUAGAAGAUCUGAUUCCAAGGGUACAAACAAGCUGGCCAUCACUCUCUUGUGCAGGUAGCAAAAAGACAGACGACAACAGUACAAUCAGUGAUAAUACAAGGUUCUGGAAACAUGAAUGGGAUAAACACGGCACUUGCUCAGAGUCUAUCCUUGAUCAGCAUGCAUACUUUGAAGCUUCAUUGAAUCUCAAAGACCGCAUAAACCUUCUUCAAAUCCUUCAUGAUAAUGGAAUCAAACCAGAUGGAAACCUUUACAGUGUUUCAAACAUAACACGAGCUAUAAAAGAAGCAACUGGGUUUGGACCUGGCAUAACAUGCAACACUGAUCCAUCUGGUACUCGCCAGCUUAUUGAGAUAUAUCUUUGUGUUGACAAAUCAGCCUCCAACUUCAUUGAAUGUCCAAUACUACCAAAGGGAAUUCGAAGUUGCGCUGAGAAUGUCGAGUUCCCCAUCUUUUAA